UAUAAAUCACAAAGAGAAGAGGAGUGAGCGACAGUUUGGAGGAUUGUCUGAAGUGGAGGUGUAAAGUUUGAGACGCGUCAUGGGGUGAACGUGACGGCUGAGGAGGAUGAAGGAGCGUCGAGUCCAAACUCACAGGCAACCAUGGUGAAGGAGAGUCUGCCCAGCUGGGUCCAGCAGGACUCGGAGGACGGUAUGGUCCACGUGAACGUCGGCGGUCUGAAGAGGAGUCUCUGCUCGAGCACGCUCAAGAAGUUCCCCGACACCCGACUGGGGAAACUGCUCGCCUGUGACUCCGAGGAGGAUAUUCUGCAGGUGUGUGAUGACUACGACGUGCAGCAGAAGGAGUUUUAUUUUGACAGGAAUCCCGGCCUGUUCCCUUAUGUCCUCCAUUUCUACCAGACGGGAAAACUUCACAUCAUGGACGAGCUGUGUGUCUUCUCCUUCAGUCAGGAGAUCGAGUACUGGGGCAUCAACGAGUUCUUCCUGGACAGUUGCUGUAGUUACCGUUACCACGACCGCAAGCUGGAGAGCAGCCGCCAUCGCAGCUGGGACGACGAGAGCGAGGAGAGCAGCAUAGACACGUCUGUGGACGAGAUCUCCGACCUGAAAAGAGACAUGCUGCACUUUGAGGAGGUGCGCUACGGACACAUCAGGAAGUGUCUGUGGCUGACGCUGGAGAACCCCGGGUACUCCAUCCCCAGCAAACUCUUCAGCCUGCUCUCCAUCUGUGUGGUGCUCACGUCCAUCGCCAUCAUGUGCAUCAACAGCAUCCCCGAGUAUCAGACUUUUGACAGUGAGGUGCUGCUGGAGGACUCGACCAUGCAGGCUCUGGAGGUGUUCUGUACCUGCUGGUUCACCUUCGAGGUGGUGACGCGGCUGCUGCUCGCACCCAACAGGAAGAAGUUCUUCCAUCACCCUCUGAACAUCAUCGACGUGGUGUCUGUGGCUCCCAUCUACAUCACGCUGCUCUUUGACCUGACGCUGGGCUCAGAGUCUGAGCUGGGGGAUCUGGGGCGACUCAUACAAGUGUUCAGGUUAAUGAGGAUCUUUCGGGUCCUGAAGCUGGCCCGACACUCGACAGGUCUGCGGUCUCUGGGAGCGACUCUCCGGCACAGUUACCGUGAGGUCGGCAUCCUGCUGCUCUACCUCGCUGUGGGCGUGUCCGUCUUCUCUGGGAUCGCGUACACGGCUGAGUAUGAAGAGGACGUGGGUCUGGACACCAUCCCCGCCUGCUGGUGGUGGGGGACGGUCAGCAUGACCACGGUGGGGUACGGGGACGUGGUGCCCGUCACGGUGGCCGGGAAGCUGGCGGCGAGCGGCUGCAUUCUGGGAGGCACCCUGGUGGUGGCGCUGCCCAUCACCAUCAUCUUCAACAAGUUCUCCCUCUUCUACCGACGACAGAAAGCUCUGGAAGCUUCUGUGAGGAACAACAACAGCAGGAGGCUGAGGAUGAGCUGCGAGGAGGCGCCGGAGGACGAGGAGGACGAGGACGAGGGGUCAGACGCAGACAGCAGGUGUCUGGACGAGGACGAAACGGAUGACAUGGAGGACGACGACAUCGAUUAUGAAGACGACGGAGGAGUGAUCAACUACAGCUACGUGGAGCAUCCGUCGUACUCGUUCAUGCUGAGGAGGAAGGAGCUCAAUCAGCUGUGACGCAGACAGGAAGUCAACCUCCUCAGACUCUGAUCCAAGUUUUCCAAUCAAACUAAAAACCCUCGAGAACGUUUAUUAUUUAUUCUGAACAUCGACUUUCACCUGACCCACAGCCAAACAGUUGUAGAACAAAGAUGGCCGUCAUCCAAACGGUUCGACCGUCCAAACAGAGAGGACAAUAAAAUGAAGCAGGAGCUCUUUAAUCAGAGUGAAUAAUGUCGGACUCUUAUUCUGAAGGGACUUUAAUUCUGCGUCUUCCAGGAGAGGCUGCUCUCUCUCUCCUCUCUAUGUGCAUGUGGUAUGUUUAAGGAUGAAUGAUCAUAUGAAACACAUCGAGCUGCAGGUCUGGAUGAAUGAGCUGAUGUGAAGAAGCAUGCACAGAAAAGAAACAAGCAAAA